UGGCGUGAAGGAAGUGACGUUUUCUUGCGCAUGCGCAAAUCGGACCGUUUUGUGACUGACAGCAAAGAAAAGAUUGGGAAAAAAAGCUUCGCAAAAAGACGAGAUUGUUUGCCGGUUUUUCUUUCCCGGACAUGUUCCUCUCAAGUGAGCAGACGUCGUUUACUACUGCUAAAAUAAAAAUGGUCUCUGCGACGCUUUGGCGCUGCUAAGGCUGGCUUAGCUUGCUAGCUGCUAGCAAACAGCCUGGGAAGUUACCGACAAGCAGAGCUCAGGUGUGAGUGUAAAGUGUCGGGAUUGUGUGAAAAUGUGUAAAGUACAAAUGCUGAGAGCCUUGGUGAGUCGGCGACUAAGUGCGGCUGUCGAAGAAAUAUUUGUAGUGUUCGAAAGGGCGAUAGCAGAGUUGGAGGAGGAACUUUCUCGAGCAAAAGAGGAGAACGAGCAUCAACGUCAACUACUGGACGCUGUCUUCAAGACGCCUGAAGAUGUGCUACACAAACCAGACGUCGGUGAAGAACAUCUCCCCCCUGAGCAGGAGGUGAAGCAGCAGGAGCCACAGCCCCCCCACAUUAAGGAGGAAGAGGAGGACCACAGCAUCGGCCAGGAGGGAGAGCAUCCUGAAGGAGCGGAGGAGUUCCCAGUCAUUGUUGUCGUCUCCGUGAAGAGCGAAGAUGAUGAAGACAAAGGUCAAAGUGAGGAGAACAGAGAGGCGGAGCUCCCAAGCGCGAGCUCACUUCAACACAUAACGGAACCUAAUGGAGACCAGAGUGGAGGAUCACAAGCAGAAAGCCUCUUCGCUCCACUGUCGGAGAGUGACGACACAACGUCACACUCUCCUGACACCGAUGAUGAAGACUCGGAAGAUGAUGUGACGUGUCCAAGUAACAACACACACUUUAAAUGUUCUCACUGUGACAAAACUUUUAAUCACCGUUGUUAUCUAAAAAUACACAUGAGAUAUCACACAGGUGAGAAACCAUUUGUUUGCUCCGUUUGUGGUAAAAGAUUCACAGAGAAAAAGGUUUUGACAAUACACACAAGAAUACACACAGGGGAGAAGCCAUUCAUCUGCUCCGUUUGUGGUAAAAGAUUCACAGAGAAAGGAAGUUUGACAAAACACACGAGAAUACACACUGGAGAGAAACCUUUCACCUGUUCAGUGUGUGGGAAAGGUUUUGCACAUAAUCAAAAUUUGACAAUACACAUGAGAAACCACACCGGAGAGAAACCAUUCAUGUGCUCAGUGUGCGGUAAUAGAUUCAUACAGAAAGGCAAUUUGAAAGCACACAUAAGAAUACACACAGGGGAGAAACCGUUCACUUGCUCAGUGUGUGGUAAGAGUUUCACACAGAAAGUCAAUUUGACCAAGCAUGCAAAAACACACACAGGGAGAAACCAUUCAAAUGCUCAGUUUGCAGUAAAAGAUUCCCAGCCAAAUGAAAACUGACAGAGCACUCGAGUAAUGUUAGCCUAAUGACCUUGAAAUGACCGCUGAUCUCAAUUUAAAUAACUUGCUUUACAAGGUGCUCCAUCGUUGCAUUGGCAGCUGGCAACACCCACACUGCCUCAACAUCACAGCCCCAUUUGGCAACAGUUACUAUGGUUACCAGUGAUGCUAAUAAUGGAUAUGCCAUUGACAUUGGAGGAUCAACUUAAAAAAAUAUUAUAAAUUAUUAAUAUAUAUGUUUAAUUAACAAAAAAAUGUCAUGACAGCCUGUUGACUUCAGUAAUUGGUGGGGAGGGGGGCACUCAGGUCUUUGACUCACGACAUUCUGUUGAGCUGCAUCUGCUAUCGCAUGCUGUACCUAAUGGUGACCACUUGGUGGCAGUGUUGACUUGCCUUUUCACUGUUUUUUCACAGGUUCUUCCCUUUGGAAUAAAAUGUGCCCUACGUGACCGAUGCGUCAGAGUUCUUCUUACGCCUAAGUACACACUGGGGGGAAACCCGUUCGGUCUCAAAGCAAAAAGGAUAACGCAAGAGAGUUUUCUUAGGACGAGGCUGUGCGUGGUAAUAAUACAAAACGAUGAUAAUAGAUAGCAAUAGCAGGUUUGUUGACAUUAAUAGUUUUUUAGUUCUUCCACCUAUUCAGUUGUAUUUCUUUGGGUUUCGUGCUUCCCCUAAAACCGAUCUGUUGUAUGUAUUCCACUCAUGGCUCGCCUCCAGGCACGCCCACUCUGCUGUGAUUGGUCACAUUCCCAAUAAGGGAAGCUGUUCCCCAGGUGCAAUGAAUGCACCAUCAUUAUUUGACGUUUUGUAUUGAAUACGGACGGAAGCCGUGAGGCACAUACAACUACUAG